AUGACAAUUGCUUCAAAAGAACGUCGAUGCGCGCGUCUGCUGACUCAAUCAGAUGCCACAUCAUAUUUCGAAAAGUAUAAAAGGGUCCGGUCUACGGAUAUGAAGGUCAGCUCGAAAUGUAUUCAGGUUCAACAGUGCCAAUCAGUCGCUUUCAACUGUGAUGGAACGAAACUCGUUUGCGGUGCUUUCGAUAAAAAAGUCAGUAUUGCGAAUGUGGAUGGAGGAAGACUACGGUUUUCUUGGGUCGGUUCGAGCCAUACUUCUUCUGUGGAACAGGUAGUAGCAUGCAGUGAAAAGCAGCCUAACAUGUUCGCUUCUGCAAGUUCCGAUCGUAAUGUUUGUAUCUGGGAUGCUAGACAGAGCAAGCCAACUCAUCGAAUUACGAAUAAAGUUGGAAACUUCUUCGUAUCUUGGUCACCCUGCGAUGAAUACUUGAUUUUUCUGGAUAAAGAUAAUCGUGUCAAUACAGUAGAUGUCAGGAACUAUAAAGUAGUUAAUGUAAGAUUUUAUAGGCCGGUUUCGUCAAAAACCGCUAUAGUUUACAGACACACGACAUGA